AUAGGGAUAAGGGGGUCAUUAUGGCAGCUAAAUCAUUAAUUGGAUUAUUUCGGGAAAUUAAUCCGGAAAUGUUGAAAAGAAAAGACUAUGAUAUGAAAGAUUUCAAACCAUUACAGUAUGGUAAAAUACAUACGACUGAACAAAUUGAAGGUAUAGAAUUAUUAGAAGAAUAUAAGAAACAACAAAUGCAGGAGGGAUGGGAAGUAGCUUCAAAUGCUUCAUCAAACGAAGAUUGGAAUGAUCUUUUGACUCCAACAGAUUUUUUCAAACCGAACGAAUUCAAAAUGAAACAUAAAGUUAAACAAUUAAUAAAUGGAGGUAAACGCAAAAGUGACGCGUAUGUAUCAAUUGAUGUCAAUUUUAUUGCUGGACCACGAAAAAAAGCCAAACAGGAUUAUGAGGAACGUAUAGAAUCCAUAAAGGCCGGAGGGAAGGACGAGAAAA